AUGGUUUGUAUAGGUUCUGAUUCUGAAGGUGGUCUCUGUCCUCAAGCACACUACUGUCCUGCUGGCAGUGCCGUGCCUGUUCCAUGUCCUGCGGGCACCUAUACUAACCUGACAGGACAGAUAAAGUGCAGUCUAUGCCAUGCUGGAUACUAUUGUCCAGAGAGUACCAGCAAUUACAAUCUGUAUCCCUGUCCUGCUGGAUUCUACUGCCCUGAUGGAACAAAGCAUGCUAACCAGUUCCCUUGUCCACGAGGCUAUUACAACCCCGAGCUGAUGACCCACAGUCUGGACAGCUGCUUACCCUGUCCUCCAGGCCACUACUGUGAGAAAGAGCACCUGUCUGCUGUUUCUGGCAAGUGCAAAGCCGGAUGGUUCUGUGUAUCUGCUGCCUGGAACCCUCAGCCCUUUGACCUGGACAACUACACUAACGCUAACUGCCUGUGCCCUGCUUCCUCCACGGGGGGCAGAUGCCAGGAGGGCUUUUACUGCCCUUCGGGGACCUCUGAGCCUCUGUCCUGCCCUCCAGGAGCUUUCUGCAAUGCAACCGGUUUAGCCCUGCCGAGUGGACCGUGCUCUCCUGGUUAUUACUGCACACGAGAAGCCUCUUUCUCCAGGCCUACAGAUGGCAUCACGGGGAACAUCUGCCCUCCAGGAACUUACUGUGAUGAGGGCUCCAGUGCACCACAGCCAUGUCCAGCGGGCACUUUCUCCUCAUCAUCAGGCCUCAUGAGCCAGGAAGAAUGUCAGGCUUGUCGAGCCGGUCACUACUGCGCUACCACAGGCCUUCAGGCUCCUACUGCCCCCUGUAGACAGGGUUACUGGUGCCUGCCUGGUCAGACAGAUGACCUAGCUCUGCAGUGUCUGGUCGGUCAUUACUGUCCCCCAGGAAGCCCUGUCCCAAUUCUUUGUCCCAGUGGGACAUAUCAGGACAAGCAGAAACAGGCGAACUGUACAAUCUGUGAAGCAGGAUUUUAUUGCAAUGAGAAUUUUGGGGCUGCAAAUAUGUCUGCCAUGCAGCCAUGUCCAAAGGGACAUUACUGUCCUGAAGGAACUGGUUAUGCUGAACAGUUUCCAUGCCCUGUUGGCACGUAUAACCCCCGUGAGCUUAUGGACAGCCAAAGGGACUGUCUGUUGUGUCUGCCAGGACAUUACUGUCCACAUGUUGGACUUGAAGAACCUACAGGAUUGUGUUUGGCUGGUUUCUGGUGCAAAGAGGGCUCCCAUUCUCACAGUCCUAUGGGUGGUCCUACAGGGGCCGUAUGCCCAGUCGGUCACUAUUGUCCUAAAGGCACUGCCAGUCCUGUGCCCUGUCCAGUGGGAACAUGGUCUAACAGUACAGGUCUAAGGAUUUCUGAGGAUUGCCAAUCUUGCCCUGGAGGCUUUUACUGUGCCUCUACUGGUCUGAAUGCACCCAGUGGACUCUGCUCUGAUGGAUUUUAUUGUACUGAGAAAGCAGAAAGUCCCACUCCCACUGAUGGGAUCACUGGUCACGUCUGUCCAGAGGGUCAUUACUGUCCUCCAGGAGCCACUCGACCUGUGCCAUGCCACUCUGGGACGUUUGUCACUGUCCCUCAAGCCUCUCAGUGCUGGGCGUGCACCGCUGGCUGGUACUGUGCUGAUGGAGGCCGGCUGCUGUGUCCAGCUGGAUUCUAUUGUCCUGAAGGCACAGGGUAUGAUAUAAGGCCCUGUCCGGCAGGAACAUACAGUCCUGACUCUGGUUUGAUUAGCCUCUCUGAGUGUAGAGCAUGUGACGGAGGACACUACUGCUCUCUCCAGAACUCCAGCUCCGUCACGGGACAGUGUUCAGAGGGAUAUUACUGUGCACACGGGAACAUCUCACCUCAACCCCACACACAGAACACAGGAGUAGGAGGACUUUGUCCUGUGGGUCACUUUUGCCCACAAGGCACUGCUCAACCUCAGCCUUGUCCAGAGGGCACGUUCAGUAACAAAACCAAACUUGUCAAAGUGGAAGAGUGUUUGUCAUGUCCUGCUGGUCAUUACUGUGACAUAUCUGGGCUGACUUCACCCAGUGGAGAAUGCUGGGAAGGUUUUUACUGCAAACAGGGAGCCGUACUCCCCAACAGCCCAGUCACGGAUCACAGAGGAGGACCGUGUCCGACAGGUUAUUUUUGCUGGAAAGGCUCGGGCGCUCCUCAAGCCUGUCCAGAAGGCUCCAUCAGCAGCAGAGAGGGACAGAACAGCUGCAGUCUCUGUCCCCAAGGGUACACAUACUUUUACAGUGCAUACAGUACAUGA